AAAGAUAUGUCUCAAAUAAGAAAAGAAUAAUUGCUAAUAACUUUUCUUUCAAAUCGUACAGUCAUCAGCUUCCACCCACAAGCAAUUUUUUACCUUCUGGAAAACCAAAUACUACUUCUCAAUUACCAAGUAUGAUGGCUCAGUCGCAACCUGGAACACCACUUCCAAAUCAGACAUCUCCUACCUCUAAUAAAGAGCCUACAAGCUACUUCCACGGUACACCAUACACUGCUCCUGCAAUCAUCCGUAGUAAAAGAGGUAGAAGUGAUCUCUUUUCAAAUGAACUUGGCCCGUUCUUCAGCUCCACUAAACCUGCAGACAAUCUAUAUGCUUCGGACAGAUCUACGUUGCUGAACGUUCGCAUUCAGGCUAAAAUGGAUCGAGGUUUUUUCUUGGCUGAUAAUGAUUGGACCUGUUAUCGCCGAAAUUACUUCCAAGUGAGUGGGGCUUUCUCUAUUCAUGGCCUCAAUCAAUACUAUGUCGAACAAGAACCCCACUGUCUGGUUCAAGUGGAUAAUAUAUUUUAUCCAGUGCAUCAUUUUUCGAUGAAUAUUUCAGCACGUGUUUCCAACAGUGACAAGAAAAUUGAACUAGUUCAACAUACACCCAAAAGAGAUAAGGGCCCGCAGACCACACCAAUGCCAAAAUUAGUCGUUCCGGGUGGAAAUUUGAGUAUGAGCUCAGUUGGCGCCAGUCAAACCAUUGUUACAUUCGAGAGAAUACAAUUCAAGACUGCUACUGCAAAUAAUGGUAAAAGAAGAGCUGCACAGCAAUAUUAUGUUUGUAUAGUCGAUCUUUAUGCAGAAAUUGAAGGCAACCAACGCGUCAAAGUUGCUUCCUGCCAAUCUGCUCCUCUUGUUGUCCGUGGUCGAAGUCCUGGCCACUACUCUGAUAACCACGUUCGUUACGAAAAUAGCUUCACAGCUCCUCCUCCACCUCCUCCACAUGACGAUCGAUUCAAUGGUGCUUUUCCUCGAACGCCUAUCACGCCUCCAGGCAUGAUGGGCCCUGCAGACUACAGUUCUCCAUAUACCUACCAGCCAUAUCCAGCUUAUCCCCAUUUCAACACUAUGCCAGCCACACCCAUACAACAUGGUAUGAUGCCUCCGACCCCCACAAAUGGACUUCCACCUACACCAGCAGUUCAUCCUCAGCAGCAUUCUCAUCAUCCAGUAGCCCCUCACCCUCAGAGUCACCCAUACUUGAUGCCCAACAUGUCAUCCGAAGCCUCCUCUUCGGAAACAUCCUCGCCUGAUCUCUAUAAGAACGGCGCUUUUGCUCACCAUCAUGGGAAUAACGGAAUACAUAAUGAUCGAAAACUAGCCUAUACAUACCAGCAACAGCCACUGCACAAUUGGAAUCCUAACAACCGCAUGAACAACACACCAACAGACAAUCAUCCCUCACCUGUAGUUUAUGAGCAGCAAUCCCCCGUACCACAUCAUGCUCCAUCUUAUUUCUCUUCGUCCGUGGCAAAUCCUCAUCCUCAACCUACCUAUACCAACGGUAGUAAUACAACAACUCCCGCAGCGACAUAAGUAAACGAAUCUCAUUCAUAAAAACCUGACAGUACUUACUUGAUUUCUUUUUCACCCUGUAUCUGUUAUUAAUAUACUCUUCCUUAUAUCGUCUGUUUAUAUAUCUAUAUAUGACUGAAUUUGCAGUUCCAUUUUAAUGCCCUGAUGGUUGCUAAUAUUCCAUGCAUUUUCCUUUCCUAAUCAUAUAUACAGCCCUUGAUUCUUAUGCUUAUCCUUCGUCUCAUGUUAUUCACUCGAAGCUUUAGCGUCCCCUCUUUAUAGUAUUUAUAUAUCUCUUUCAUUAAUUUAAUUCAACUUAUUGCUAUUUUAUAUCCUUUUAAUUUGUAUUCAAUAAAUGUGUACUUUUUACGUUUUUAAACUAGUGCUUUGGGCUGUCAUUUAUAGUGCGAC